UUUGUUUGGUUUUGCCUAGCCUUAUAAUCUUGGAACUCCCUUUCUGUGUUUCUGUUUUAGUAGGAUUUGCCAUGUAGUUGGGGAUUUGAGUCUGGUUUUCAGUAGCAUCUUUUUUCUUCUUUUAGGUUCUUUUGGGUGUUUUGAUCAUGAAAUUGGCUUAUUAUGCUGAGUUAAUAAUAAUUAAGCGAACUGUGGAUGUGUGAUAGAGAGCAGGAGAAAACAAGAGAGGAACAUGGCUGGAGGUGGACAUGCACCACCGCCGAAACAGGAGGAACUACAGCCUCAUCCAGUAAAAGAUCAGCUACCAAACAUUUCCUACUGCAUUACCAGUCCUCCUCCUUGGCCUGAGGCUAUUCUACUUGGUUUCCAACAUUACUUGGUGAUGCUCGGCACAACAGUUCUCAUUCCCACCUAUCUCGUUCCUCAGAUGGGAGGAGGAAACGAGGAGAAAGCAAAAAUGAUCCAGACUAUACUGUUUGUUGCUGGAAUCAACACAUUGCAGCAGACAUUUUUUGGGACUCGUUUACCUGCAGUUAUUGGAGCAUCUUAUACCUAUGUCCCAACAACCAUUUCGAUUAUUUUGGCUGGUCGAUAUAGUGAUGUUGUGAACCCCCAGGAGAAAUUCGAGAAGAUAAUGCGUGGAACCCAGGGUGCACUUAUUGUUGCCUCUAUACUGCAGAUUGUUGUUGGCUUCAGUGGCCUCUGGCGUAAUGUGGCAAGGUUCCUAAGUCCACUUUCUGCUGUUCCUUUGGUUGCUUUGUCAGGCUUUGGGCUAUAUGAGCUUGGAUUUCCUGUGUUUUCAAAAUGUGUGGAGAUUGGCUUACCACAACUCAUCCUUCUACUGAUAUUUUCACAGUACAUACCUCAUCUGAUGCACAGUGAGACGCAUGUCUUCGAUCGCUUUGCUGUUUUAUUUUCGGUGGCAAUUGUGUGGAUUUAUGCUCAUCUGCUCACUGUGGGUGGGGCUUAUAAGCACACACCAGAAGCAACUCAGUUAAGCUGUCGAACUGAUCGUGCUGGCAUCAUACAUGCUGCUCCAUGGAUAAGAGUUCCAUAUCCUUUUCAAUGGGGAGCUCCGACUUUUGAUGCUGGAGAAGCUUUUGCAAUGAUGACUGCUUCAUUUGUUGCUCUUGUUGAGUCCACCGGUGUCUUUAUUGCUGUGUCGAGGUAUGCAAGUGCAACUCCGCUCCCACCUGCUAUAUUAAGUCGCGGUAUUGGUUGGCAGGGUGUGGGCAUUCUUUUCUCUGGUAUAUUUGGCACUGGGAAUGGAUCAUCAGUAUCUGUUGAAAAUGCUGGUUUGUUAGCUUUGACACGGGUUGGCAGCCGAAGAGUUGUCCAAAUUUCAGCCAGCUUCAUGAUCUUCUUUUCCAUACUUGGAAAAUUUGGAGCUGUCUUUGCCUCGAUACCAGCACCCAUUGUUGCAGCAAUGUAUUGCUUCUUCUUCGCUUAUGUUGGUUCAGCAGGUCUUAGCUUGCUUCAGUUUUGCAAUCUAAACAGUUUCAGGACAAAGUUUAUCAUAGGCUUCUCAAUUUUCAUGGGCCUUUCAGUACCACAGUAUUUCAAUGAAUAUACACUUGUUAAAGGCUAUGGUCCGGUGCACACAGGAGCAAGAUGGUUCAAUGACAUGAUCAAUGUACCUUUUUCUUCGGAGCCAUUUGUUGCUGGUUUAUUGGCAUUUGUCUUGGACACAACACUGCAUCGAAAGGACAAUGCGACCAGGAAAGACAGAGGCAUGCCUUGGUGGGAUAGAUUCCGAUCAUACAAGACAGAUACAAGAAGUGAGGAAUUCUAUUCCUUGCCUUUCAACCUCAACAAGUUCUUCCCUUCAGUGUGAUUUUCACACUGGGGGUGGUUGAGAGUAAUCGAGUCAAGUGCUCCAGCAGUUUCACACUGUUUGUAUCGCACUUCUUUUGUUAACUGGCAUUGCCAAUGAAUCAAACCCUUUUGUUGAGUCUUCUGAUUUAACCAUACUUGGUAGUAAACUAGCCAGUACUGAACCAACUUGCAAUGUUCACUAUGCAUUUUCAUGAGAAUGUAUUGUAUAUGAUGAAGACUGGUUUACAGUCGGAGAGAUAUUUCUAUCUUAUCGAUAUCAGACUUCCUUAGUGCAUGUGUAUAAAUAUCAAUCAGAAAUACAGAAACACAAUAUUACUAGAAGUUACGAAACUGUUG